AUGUCAAAAUUUUAAUAUUUUGAAUUACCAAACCCAAAUAGUGUAGAUAAAUUUAAAAGAAAGUUUUUAGCACAUACUGAAGAUAAAGAAACUAUUUUAGAAAUUACAGAAGUACAAUCUGAUACAUCAAUGUUUAUUGGCUAAAAUAUUGUCUCAAAUGGAUCUUUUCUAAAUUUUAAUUAAAUAGAUCCUCUCUUGUUAGCUAUUCCUUUUUUAAAUGCAUCUCGUGGUAUUGUAAAUGAUGAAAAGAAAGGCUUUUUUAAACAAAUAGACGAGAUAUUUAAAGCAGAUGAUAAUUCUUUGAAGGAAUCAAUGUAGAUUCUUUAGUCUAAUAAAAGAAUAUUCAGAAAUCUAAAGAAAAUAUGCGAAUUUUAAUCACAUGAUCCAGAUGAAAAAUUAGAUUUCUUCCGUUUAGACAAUUAAAAGUUAAAAUCUUAUUUGGAUCAAAAAAUAUCAAAAGCACAGGAACUUUUUGAAAAGAACGAACAAUACUUUUAAUUUUAAAAAUUAUCUACUAAAGAGAAAAUUAGUGAUUCUCUGUAUUUUGGCAUUGAAUAUGUCUUUAGCUAUUUGCCUACUUAAUUGUUCAAUCAAUUAGUUUUAGAAACAAGACAAAUUUCAAUUGAUGAUUUCUAAAGCUUUAAAAAAACCAGAGAACCAGCUCCUAAAUAUGAUUUUUACGAUAAUUAAAAUGAAAAUUAAUUUUAGCAAACUAACGACUUAGCAAAGUAAAAGUCUAAAUAAGUUACACCAUCAAAGCCUUCAACUACAGAUAAAAAGAAUUUAGAAGCAGCUAAAAAUACAAAAAGCAUUGCAUCAUUUUUCUAAAAGAAAUGA